GGUAUCCUAAUUUUUAUCUUCGGACGACGCUGCAAAAACACCCAUCUAUCCAUUCCCGGUGAGGGAAGGUUGCCACAGUGUUUCUCUCCUGAGAACCUCAAUAGCUCAAGCUAAUAAAAAUGGCGAUGUUACCCAUGGUGUUUGCCUCAAUUUACCAGUCAAGGACUGUCUCUUUUGCCUUAUCUGCCUUCCUUUCUGUACUCCCCUGAACUCCAAGCUCCGCUUCAAUGGAUUUCUCUGAGGCUGGCCUUCGGCCUUACAAUCCCCUCUCUCGUCGCAGCCUCUCUUGCUUACUCGGUCCCGAACGAUUCCUUUCUCCAUAUAUAUGUCAUCAUGCGCCGGCGGUGGAUGUUCUCAGAUUUAAUCUUUUUGUGGAAAAUCGCAAUUCUCUCAAAGGAUACCCAAUAAAGUCUGUGACGAAAGGUCAGUAUGCUACUACAUCUAGAGGGCAAUGUUAUGUUGUUUGGGUUGUUGAAGCUGAUUUGUUAGCUGGUCAGCUUCUGUACAUUACUGGGGAUCCCAUAGGCUUAGGCUGUUGGGAUCCAGAUAUGGCUAUCCUAAUGUCUCCUACUGAACAAGCAAACUUGUGGAAGACUGAAGUCAAGAUAGCUUCUGGCAUGAAUUUCAGGUAUAAUUAUUUCAUUAAAGAGGAAACUUGGCCUUCAUGUGAUAUUACUUGGAGACCUGGACCUGAAUUUUCUCUAUCAGUGCCUCUUACUGUCAAACAAGAUAGGAAAAUUGUAGUGAGAGAUUCAUGGAUGAGGUUUGGUACUCGGAGGUCUCCAGAUCAGUUUUGGGGGUCAUGGAUGGAGGAGACCCACUUGCCUGUGCAACCUUCAUUCUCAGCUGUAGCUACAGAUGAAUAUAAGAUUGCAAAAGGCAUUGGAGGGGAUUUCAGUAUAACAAAGCCCUUCUUCAAUAAUGUCAUGGUCGAGCCAUUGCUGAAUGACAUCAAAGUGAAUAAACCAUUUGUAAAGAAUAUAGAAGUUAAGGAUAAAUUUACUACUAAUGUUGAGGAUACAAUUAGUUCUGCACAAAGGGGUUCAAGUUGUACAACAUUUUACUCCGAAAAUGACCAGCCUGUUGAGGAACCAUGGUUACCGCAGUCGUUGUUCCAGUGGAAUGUUGAUGUUUCCGAAUAUAAUGGCCCUGUGAAAGAUGACAAAGCUCAUUUGGAUGUUAAUAAUCAGCAUGUCCAAGUACAAGGACAGCUGUUGCCUGAAACAGACGCCGAGCUAAUUCUGAAGGAGGACUCUGUUUCGACUUUAAUACUGAUUAAUUCUUCAAUAUGCACCAUGCAAAGGAUUGCUGUUUUGGAGGAUGGGAAGUUGGUUGAAUUAUUACUGGAACCAGUUAAGAGCAACGUACUGUGUGAUAGUGUCUAUCUAGGGGUAGUCACAAAGCUUGUUCCUCACAUGGGUGGUGCAUUUGUUAAUAUAGGAAAUUCUAGGCAUUCUCUCAUGGACAUUAAGCAAAAUAGGGAACCCUUCAUAUUUCCUCCAUUUCGUCGGAGGAGAGAGAAAGAAAUCAAUUCUUCUGUUUCAGGCCUUGAAGGGCACCCAGUUGUCCCUGAAAAUGAGGACACAUCAGAUGAUGUCGAAGUCAUUGAUGAUGUUGCAGACAUCAAUUCAAAUGAUGAUUCCGUACAAUUUAUGCACAGUGAUUAUGAGGAGCAUGAAAUAGAUGAUGAUUUUGAUGUUUUGGAAGUUCUUAAGGACAAUAUAAACGGAAGUGAAGUUGAUUAUGUUGAAGAGGAAGCUGAUAUUGAGGAGUUAGAUGGAAGAGAGCAGCAUUUGGAAGGCAAAACUAUGAAUGGUUCCCUUCCUGUUAAAUCAGAAGAUUCUAAUGGUUAUAAAAUACUUCAUCCCCCUGAUAUGAAGGAUUCAAAUCACUUAAUGGCCAAUGAAUAUAAUUGGGCUCAGGUUCGAAAGAACACCAAAAUAGUUGUGCAAGUUGUCAAAGAGGGGCUAGGCACGAAAGGGCCCACACUGACCGCUUAUCCAAGAUUAAGAAGCAGAUUCUGGAUAUUGCUAACUCGUUAUCAAAAGGUUGGAGUCUCAAAGAAAAUUAUUGGUGUUGAGCGUACUCGCUUAAAAGUCAUAGCAAAAACAUUGCAGCCUCAGGGAUUUGGCCUGACUGUCAGGACUGUUGCUGCUGGUCAUUCUUUAGAGGAACUGCAGAAGGACUUGGAAGGUUUACUUUCCACUUGGAAAAAUAUAAUGGAACAUGCAAAAUCUGCUGCUCUUGCUGCCGAUGAAGGUGUGGAAGGUGCCGUUCCUGUUAUCUUGCAUAGGGCAAUGGGCCAAACACUUUCUGUUGUCCAGGAUUAUUUUAGUGACAAGGUUGAUAGAAUGGUAGUUGAUUCGCCAAGGACAUAUUAUGAGGUUACCAACUACCUUCAAGACAUUGCUCCCGAUCUAUGUGAUCGAGUUGAGUUAUAUGGCAAGAGGAUUCCCCUCUUUGAUGAGUUUAAUGUCGAAGGAGAGAUCAAUAACCUCCUAAGUAAAAGGGUCUCACUUGCUAAUGGAGGGUCCCUAGUGAUUGAACAAACUGAGGCAUUGGUCUCAAUCGAUGUGAAUGGGGGUCAUGGGAUGCUUGGCCAUGGGAAUUCACAGGAGAAAGCUGUUCUGGAUGUCAAUCUUGCAGCUGCAAAACAGAUUGCAAGGGAGUUACGGCUGAGGGAUAUUGGUGGCAUUAUUGUAGUUGAUUUUAUAGAUAUGGAAGAUGAAUCAAACAAGAGACUGGUCUAUGAGGAGGUUAAGAGAGCUGUUGAGAGAGACCGCUCGAUGGUGAAAGUGUCUGAACUGUCCAGGCAUGGACUCAUGGAAAUAACUCGAAAGAGGGUUCGACCAAGUGUGACAUUCAUGAUCAGUGAACCAUGCACAUGCUGUCAUGCGACUGGAAGAGUUGAAGCUUUAGAGACUUCCUUCUCAAAAAUCGAGCAAGAAAUUUGUCGAAUGCUUGCGAUGAAGAACCACAAACCAGACGCUGAAAACCCCAAGUCCUGGCCAAAGUUAAUAUUGAGGGUUGACCAUCACAUGUGCAACUACUUGACUUCUGGGAAAAGGACAAGACUUGCAAUUUUGAGUAGCUCCCUCAAAGUUUGGAUUCUACUGAAGGUUGCUAGAGGAUUUUCCAGGGGUGCAUUUGAGGUUAAACCUUUUACUGAUGACAAAGAAGAUGAAAAUCAUCGUCAGGCAGCCAUUCCGUUGUUGCGAUCAUCAAAAGUGGGACCUCAUAAUUCAGGCAGAAAAGUGACUAUUGUUCCAAUCAAAACGAGGAAAGCUAACGGAAAAUGAAUUUGCCAUUCCGUACCCUUUUUUUUUUGUUUGUUGCUGUUUUCUGUGCAGAUAAUCAUGAUAUUUUUCCCAUCUGUUAAAUUAUGAGGUGGGGGG